GGAAGUAUCAUUCAUUAGUGUUUUUUGGGAAGUGAUCACUACUUAAUAAGAAUGUUUAGCAAAAUAGUGUUUUUAAGUUGGGCGGCAGCUUGCGUCUUUGCGGCCCCGCCUGUCGAUGUUGUUCCUCUCGAAAAACAACAACCCACGGUUAUUCCCAUAGUUUCACAAUCGGAUGAAUUGGACGCUAAUGGAACAUACAAGUUCAGCUAUGAAACCGGUAACGGCAUCAAACGCGAAGAGACCGCCUACGAGAAAGUUCUGCCGAAACUUGAAGGGCGGUCCGCGAGCAGCAACGAGGGCGGUGAGAGCGAUGAAAGCAAUGAGAUUCACGUCCAAAGAGGCUCCUACUCAUACACUGCUCCUGAUGGAACUGUCAUCACUGUGACGUAUAUAGCUGAUGAAAAUGGCUUCCAACCCAUUGGCGAUCACAUACCAAGAGUACCAGGAAUUUCUUCAGUAUCAUCCCAUUCAGCGGAAAAGUCUGGUCGUGCACUAAAGAGCGAUAGUGCAGAAUCUGCUUCUGUACUAAAAAUAUCAAAGUUAGAAGCUACACCUGCUAUUGUUUCUCAAUCAGCACUAUCAGAAAGCAAGACCGUUGAAUCGUCACCAAAACCUAAUGAACAGCUAUCUGAGACAAAAGCAAAUACUGAAUCUGCACCUGCCAGCCCUUCUUCUAUCGCAGAGACAACCAAGGCAGCACCUGUUGAGUUGAGCGAUGCAUCCGUUGCUACUUCUGCAAGUGAAAUCUUAUCUACACCUGCUUCAGAAAAUGCGGAGGCAUCUUCAGUAGGUCCUACCGAAGAAAUAGCAAAUUCAACGCCCAGUGAGGAAUCUUCCACUAUACCUGCUUCUUCAACAGUACCUGAAGCUGUAACACAAGAAAAUGAUGUUACUACUACUUCUCUACCACAAAAAGAUUUGGAAUCGUCAGUAUCCACCUCCAUACCUGAACAGGAAUCUACAACCGCAGCUGUAGAUGAACAGCCAAGUUCAACAGUCGCUUCAGAAGCAGAACCUACUUCAACCAUUGCCGCAAAUACUGAACAACCAGCAUCAACAGAAUCAAACGAACAAAAUGUUUCAACUGAAGGUCAACAACAAUCGACCGAAAAUGAACAAUUGACCACUGGUCCGACUACAGUACCUGAAGAAAUUACCUCAACGACUAUUUCUGCAUAAAUAAAUGAUUAAUAUUGUAAAAAAAUUCGCGAGCACUAUUUUUUGUAAAAUUAUCUUGUGAUUUACUUCUAUGAAGCGUGAAUCACUUUGGUACGGGUGUUAUUAUUACAUACGCAUUGAGUAAAAGUUUAAUAAAAAUGUGAUAUCACGUCACGAUUCUGUGAUGUUGACACGAUAAAGGUUUAGUCAUUAAGUUAUAUAAAUGUAAUUGAACUUGUUAAUCACGAAGUAUCUCUAUAUUAAAUUAUAUUUGGUUUGUUUA